AUGCCGGGCAGCAUCAAUAUUGACCGCGAUAAUGGACCGAUCGGUGAAGAAGGCGAAGGAAGCAGCGAAAUACAUGUAUCCGACAAUAGUCGUUCUCCCUCUAUCCGACACCUUGGUGCAGCUGUUGCUACCCAACCGCAAAGCUCGGAGUCUACAGAUAUCUUGCCUAAGAGGAAAGAUGUUCUUGAGAAGAUUCGUGCUCUUCUGCAAAAAUUUGAGCAUGAUAUAAUAAGAGAGAGUGAUGGACGCCACCAAGAAACCCAAGUAAAGGAAAACAGUGGGCUUAGUCUCAAGGACAGCGUUGAGAAGCAAGUGAUCUACACCGAUGAUGACAAGUUGAAGGAUCUUCUCAAGGAGCUGGCAAGUUUGGGCACCGAAGAGUACGUGGAUGAUGUAACCGCUCUCGCAUUUAAGGCUAGCCUAGAUCUGCCCGAAGUGAUCGAGACUCUCAUCGAAGCUGGAGCACUCGUUGACAAGUUUGACGAGAAUGGUUACACCCUACUACACAAUGCCUGCCGCCAUGGCCAAACGUCGACCGUGAAAAAAAUAAUAGAACGGAUACCAACAAGCAUCAAUCAACGCGCGACAGAUUGGGAAUAUACCCCCCUGCAUUUGGCUGUCCAGUACCAGCAAAAAGGCGUUGGCGAAACCCUGUUAAAUGCAGGCGCGGAAAUCAAUUCUCAAGACACGGAUGGGUGGACUCCACUAAUGACCGCAACAAAUUUAAAAUGUGCAGACAUUAUGGAUAUUCUACUCUGCCAGAAAGAUAUCGUAGUCGACAUGCCGGACAAUAACGGACUCACACCUUUGUUAGUGGCGACCAAGUCGAGAUUUUUGGAAGGCGUCGAAAAGUUGCUUGGUGGUGGUGCAAACUGCAAUGGUGGUCCAGAUGGGGGUGAGAAAUGCCUGCACUGGGCUAUGUUGAGAUUCUCACGCCCAAUUUUCGAUCUUUUCAUGGAAGUGGAGAACCUGAUUAUUGAUGUUCAGGAUAGUGAGGGAAAGACAGCCUUGCACUACGCAUGCGGGUCUCGUCACCAGGAGAUGAACAUUGGGGUUGCAUCAUACGAGGACGAAACGACAGGGACCGAGAAAAAAUUCGACUUUACUGAAAUCAUUGGAAAGCUAUUAGGAAGAGAGGCUGAUCCAUGGAUGACAACCAGAAAAAAUAAGACAGCCCUACACUUUGCUCUCAAACACAGGCGAUCGGACUGCAACAAACUUCUCCCAAUGUUUUCCAUAAGGGCAGAACAUCUGGCGCCUAGCGACUGGGACGAAGAACUCCUGAUACAUGUCUUAUUUAAGAACAGAAGAUACGCCAACAAUGAGGACGUUCUCAACUAUCUAAUGAGUAUACUGAGUAAUGCCCCCAAAGAGUUGGACGAAACUCUUCAAUGGGCAGUGGCGAGUCACAGCCGGCAUGAAUUUGCAAAAUAUCUCUUUUCCAAGAACGAUAAAGAGGAUAUAGACAAUGCUAAAAGUUCCUGGAGUGCACUCAGAUGGGCUAUUUAUUACAGAAGACAAGAGCUGCUAUGGUGGCUUCUUGCAACCUCUCCUCGGAACACUGUGAUGGAAAAUCAGAUCAAGGCCGCCCAAAUGAUAGAACAAAAUGAAGAGUGGACUACAAUGAAAAAAGGAAAGCCUAAGGAUGGCAUUUCAAAGACUGAAAAAGAGGAGAAGGAAAAGUUGAAUCAACAAGACGACAGGAAAAUCUGGUGCGAUAUCCAAGACAUACUUAAUAAUCCACCGCUCGCGCAGAUAUAUAGACAAGAUAUGGGCACCAAUACUCUGGAACCACCGGAACUAAACCUCAAAUGUGGAGUAAUACCAGAUGGAUUCGAAUCACUUAUAGUUCGAUUCUACAAGGAGAGAACUAAUUCCAAUUUUAUACGACUAUCGCGAAGAGUAGACGAAACUAUAUACGGGACUGGUGUGACCCGUUUGAUGAAGAAUGAAGCCAAGAAGCUCCAGGAGAUCCUCGAUAUUGGGAAAAGGGGGAAACAGCUAAAGAAACUGUCGCGAAAAUAUCAAACCAUGUAUGAUGACGAGAAAGUCAUAUUUACUUGGGUUCACCUUCCGGCUACAAACAGAAUUAUGAUCGAUGAAAAAAAGACAGCCGAUGACUAUCGUAUGGUCAACUCAUUCCUGCGAGAUACGUGGUUCGAGAUUCCUGAUAGAGAAUCUCCAUCGCGUAUAAUGCGACCACAGUUCGUUCAAAGGAAAAUCCCGACCCAGGAAAAGAACGUCGACGUCGAGGAGGAGGAUUUCAUAUCUGUAUCAGCCGUCUAUACCAAAAUGUCACACCAUGUCAUUCAGCGACGCGAGAUGUGA